UCGCUCCCUCCCUCCCUCCCUCACGCGGAGAUGGGGAGAGAAGUUUGCCUGCGGCGCAGUCCACUGAACAUUGACCGUGUUUUCAUUUGGGGAACAGCAACAAGAGCCUCCGGAGAAGACUUCCAGGGAAGACUGAGGAAUAUCCGACUGCACAGAAACACCGCUCGCAGCAGACUUUCCCCCUCUCUUUUACAAGAACAAUAAAAAAACAACAACAACGAACAACAACAACAACAACAACCAAAUCCUUACUUAUCAUUGAUGUCGCCGAACUAGUGUGGAAGCUCGGGUCAGUCAAGGACAGCGGCCGCACGCGCACUGUUGUCUGUAAAGCUGGGUCCCGGAGAAGAGGAAGAAGAGGAAGAAGAGGAAGAGAAGCGGAGCUUGGGGGGAAAGAAGAAGAGACCAGACAGUCCAAGUGAAAGUGGGAAGAGAGUCCGACUCAGAAUGAAUAACAACAAAACCGAGAAAGAAAACGAGCAGAGUGAAUUCACCAACCACGAAGAGGAGGUCCGAACACUAUUUGUCAGUGGGCUACCCCUGGAUAUUAAGCCGCGGGAGCUCUAUCUCCUGUUCAGACCAUUUAAGGGCUAUGAAGGCUCCUUGAUAAAACUCACUUCGAAACAGCCAGUGGGGUUUGUCAGCUUUGACAGUCGAUCAGAGGCGGAGGCUGCUAAGAAUGCCUUGAACGGAGUCCGGUUUGAUCCAGAGAUCCCCCAGACCCUUCGGCUGGAGUUCGCCAAGGCCAACACCAAGAUGGCCAAGAACAAGCUGGUUGGCACCCCCAACCCCAUUCCCUCCCAGCAGGGCCCUGGGCCCCAGUUCAUCAGCAGAGACCCAUAUGAGCUCACAGUGCCUGCUCUAUAUCCCAGCAGCCCAGAUGUGUGGGCGUCAUAUCCGCUGUACCCGGCGGAACUGUCGCCAGCCCUCCCACCCGCUUUCACCUACCCUUCCUCGCUCCACGCUCAGAUUCGCUGGCUCCCACCUGCAGAUGGAACUCCUCAGGGAUGGAAGUCCAGGCAGUUCUGCUGAAGUAUGUGUUCCUGAUGUGUGAUGGUGGCCGUGGCCGGCUGUGACGGGCGUUGCUGAUUGCCUCUCGUAUCCAAUUAGAAACCAGGAGGACUGACCUGACUCCAGCUCAUGGAGCAGCGCACCGUCGGCAGCAGCCUCAUGGGCCUCAGGACAUUCUAGACCCCAGCCUCCAUCACACAUCGAGCCCCCCCCACCCUCCCCUCUCCCCCUAAGUCUUUUUUAUACUGUUACAUACUCAAGAUUUACCUGCAGCGCUUUAGCUACACCUCCUCUGACACCUCCAUGAAAGGUACUGGACGUGCACGACAAAGGCACACACACCCUUUGUGAAGCGGGUUGACUGUCUAACGUUAGCAGGCCUCUUGCUGUGCAUUCUGUAUAUGCAAGUGUAAAGACGUCCCACCAGAGGAGUGCAAACGCAUCUUGUGUGUGUCUGAAGCGCUGCCGGGUAAUGUUAUUAUACGACUAUAAUUAGUACUAUUCUGUAUAUCAUUCAUAUUAAUGUUAUUACGAUUAUUAAAUACAUGUUGAAGCAUGACUUUGCAAAAAAAAAGUGAGAAAAAAAAACAAUGCUGUACAUUUCUAGAUAUUUUAAAGAAAUACAAAAAAGUAUUUUUGUAAUCAAGACUGUUUUGAAAUGGUUCUGUUUGAUUGGUCCAUGUUGUGAUAAACGUGUGUGAGGAGCGUUCACACUGUUCUUUCUUUCUUUUGUGUUGUUGUCCUUCCUGUUUAGUGCCAUUAUAACAUGGUAAGUCGGCCUGCUAUACCAAAGCAGUCCUGUGGGCUUGUCUUGUCUUUUCUACAUACUGUGUGGUUUUUCGGGCUCUGCUCACGUGUGGUGUCGUUACUUGGUGAAGCAAACAUAUUAGUCCUUUGUCUGAUGUGCUUUGGUUCAGAUAAGCUGUCAAUGUGAAGUCUGAGUGCGAAGAACACACCUGAUCCCGCUCGUCAUUUUGCAGUUAGAGGUAAUCAGAUGUGUUGAAAGCCAUCGCUGGUGAAGGUAGAGUUACCCCAGAGACUGCAAAAAAUGGCAAAUUGAGCCCUGCUAUAUUAAGGAAUGUGCUCCUUCAUUGUCUAGCAGGAGGACAGCAGCACAGUAUGGAGAAACAAAAGACCAAAGGCAUUUUAUUUUACACUGGAGAGCUAUCUAGGCUAGUGGAAUUAUUCCGUUUUUGACUGCUUUGUAGUCCUCAGUCUGAUUUCUUAUGAAGUAUGACUUUAUUUUUGCUGCAUGUCUCUUUUGGUGUCACUCCAAAGAGCCACUCUGCAUCUGAAAGGAUAUUCACUUUAAGCAAUUUGUCUCUUUUGUCUAUUUUUAGGGAGCCAACGUGAUUCAACUUGCUUUUGUAAAUUGACAUAGUGAUGAUUGGAGUGUAAAAAAACAAAACUUUUGUAAUCGUGUGUAUUCUGGGCCUGCAAUAACGUCUUUGCCGUUUGACAUGUCAUCGAGUGAUCAUAUUCCUGUGACAUUUUGAUGCCAAAAUCCUCAUUCAUGUCGCAUUCUUACAAAAACAAAUAGUGAUGCUUGUACUUUUCUGAUAAGGCCAAGUCACAUUUCAGUGAUGUGACAAUCAAAAACUGCAAAACUGCAAGAAAAACAAUCUCUCCCCUGUAAUGUUUAGCCCAGGUGUGUACAAUCAUAUUGGAGUGGUUGAAUCAUAUAGUCAGUGUUUGUAAUGAAUAAUAAUAAUAAUAAUAAUAUGCACAUCAUGUCAACUGAUUUUCUGGAGCAGUUUUUGCUUUUACAGACAUUUUUUAAGCCAAGUGUGGCACCAAAUUUAUUAGGACAAGUAUUUAUAAGAUGUGUGUGUGUGUGCGCGUGUGUGUGUGUGUGUGUGUGUGUUUUUAUGGGUAUUAUGUUUUUAAAGUUAAAAGAUGCCCAUCUUAUAAUUAAUUGUAAGUAUUAUUGUAAGUUUAAUUGUAUAUUCAUUUGGUAAUUUUCUAGAGCUUCUUUGUGUGUUUGUUUCUGAUAUAUGAAUACUGUUAAACCUUCAUAAUUCACUGUGAAAUCCAGAGAAAACUUUGGACGAAUGGAUCUUUUUGUGGUUUGCCAGCAGUACGGUACAGAAGGUCCUGCAAAUGAAUAUGAUGAUCCCUCCCUUUGGCAAUGGUUUCAGUAUACCAUUCGUACCCGUGUGUACUGUGCAUGUUCACGGCAUGUGUGUGUUCUUCUUUUCUUUUCCUCAAUGCACACAGUACUGUUGAUAUUUAUGUACUUUAGCCGCUGUAAGGAGAAACUGUAUUUCCGUGAAUUGCAGAGGUUUGUUUGUUUGAAACCCCCCCCCCCCAAAAAAAGGUGAUCAAAAUGAGUUUUUAUGAAAAUGUUAAAUGAAGACAUUUCAGGCCGUCUGCCAUUAAAGAUUUGACGUCA